CAGACUGGUACUUUUUUCAUUGACUCCAGAAUAAUGAAAACCGAAGUUGAUCUCAGCGCGAUUUGAACUCGGAGCGUAAAGGGACGUAACUAAACAUCACAGUCGCAAAACAUUUUAUCCAAUGUUCUACAAUUCUACAUCACCACCGCCUCUAACACUUCAGCCAAUCUACCGCCAUUAGUAUCUAUAAUCGUUACUAAGUAAAUACAAUGUAAAAUAUUACGUCAAGCGGAAAGUAAACAAGACCAAAUGUUGCAUAGAGGAUGCAAGGGAGAUAAUUAGAUCUAUCAGUUAAUAUAGAAACAAAUGUUCUAUUUUCCAUUGGUCGGAGCAGAAAUUCUACUUUUUACACUUAAAGAUAACAGCAAGCAAGAAGAAACAAAGUACUAACUUUGAGAAAAUAUGAGACUGUUAAAUUUUUCACGUUGUAACAUGACUUCAUAUGCUAUCUAUAUUUGGAUCUUUAUCCUGCUACUGAAGUGUGUCACUGCUGCCAAACAACCAAAUAUUAUUAUUAUUGUAGCUGAUGAUUUGGGUUGGGAUGAUGUGAGCUUUCAUGGAUCAAACCAAAUACCGACAAAAAAUAUAGAUUCUUUGGCUUCUGAAGGUAUAAUUUUGAAUAAUUACUAUGUUUCACCAAUCUGCACCCCAACACGAAGUGCUCUGAUGACUGGACGGCAUCCAAUCCAUACAGGUAUGCAACAUGGGGUACUUGUUGGCUCUCAAACAUAUGGUUUACCAUUGAAUGAAACACUUAUGCCUGAAUAUCUAAAUAAACUUGGAUAUACUUCUCAUAUUGUUGGAAAGUGGCAUCUCGGUUUUAUGACUGAAGAUUAUACCCCUACAAAGCGUGGCUUCAGUUCUCACUUUGGUUACUGGUUGGGUGCAGAAAGUUAUUACCUCCAUCUUGCUGGUAGAGGUGAUUACUUUGGUUAUGACUUUCAUAGGAAUAUGGAUGUAGAUAAAGAUGCUAUUGGCCAUUAUUCAACUGAAAUCUUUACUCAAGAGGCUGUAAAGAUCAUUCAAAAUCAUAAUGAAACAAAGCCACUUUUUUUGUACCUCCCUUACCAAGCUGUACACAGUUCAAGUAUUCAACCUUAUUUAGAAGCACCUGAAAAAUAUACAAAAAGAUUUCCAAAUAUCUCAAAUAAACAGCGGAAGCUUUUUGCAGGAAUGCUGGCAGCUUUAGAUGAUGGAGUCGGUGAAGUGGUCAAUGCAUUGAAGUCUUCUGGUAUGUACGACAAUUCUAUCAUCCUGUUCUCAACAGACAAUGGCGGACCAUCAAAUGGCUAUAAUGAAAAUGCAGCAUCUAACUGGCCUUUACGAGGAAUGAAAAAUACUUUGUGGGAAGGUGGUGUCCGUGGAGUUGGAUUUCUUCACAGCCCAUUGUUAAAGAAGAAUGGUUAUAUCAGUGAACAGAUGGUACAUGUGUGUGACUGGCUUCCAACACUAUACAGUGCAGCUGGAGGUAAUCCUGAUGAGGAGCCUCGAAUGAAAAACCUCGAUGGUUAUGAUCUGUGGAGUAUGCUUUCAAAUAAUGGGAAGAGUGUAAGAACAGAAAUUCUGCAUAACAUUGAUCCAAUAAGAAAAUUUGCAGCCAUAAGAGUUAAUAACUACAAGCUUUUGAUUGGCCAUGUUGCCUCUCGAGGGAAUUGGUAUCCUCCAUACAAUGAAAGUGAGAGAUAUUUAUCAAAUGAAUUUGAUGACUGGUUUUCUCAAAAUAAUGAUUUCCCAGUCAAAAUGAUGACCCGUCAAAAAGCAGUAAGAGUAAAUUGUGGUGGACCAAAACCUCCAGAUGCAGUCCAUAAUUGUGAUGAUUACAAAAAACCAUGUCUCUUUAACAUUGCUACUGACCCUUGUGAAUACCACAACAUAGCUGACCAAAACCCAGAGAUUUUGAAGUAUCUAAUAAAGAGGCUUUUAAAAUAUGUAGCAACCAUGGUGCCACCUCGAAAUAAGCCUCUGGAUCCAGCUGGUUUUCCAGUACAUCACAAUGGUUUCUGGACCCCAUGGAUAAAAUAAAAUAAUCAAUCUCAACUAUAAGUUUUUUCAAUUGUGUGUGGGAAUUAGAAUUUAUUCAAAUUCUAAUUGCAUUAAUUGGUUAUAAAAAAAUGGUGUAGGUGAGGGAAGAAUCUUAUUUUAAUACUAACAAAAAA